AUGUGGCGACUGCUCUUAAACAAGUCUUCCCAAAACCUUUCUGUUGCUCCACCUAGACCUCCACGAUCGCUGCGGGAAAAAAGUACUUACAAAAUCUGGUUUAACAAAAGCAACACCAGCGAGAAGUUGCCGCAGCCAUUAUCUCAUCCUGCAACAGGAAAACGUCCAGCGGACUCUGCUCCGACAGACGCAUCCAUAACAAGCAAAGAAGCUUCUUCGCACACCUUCACUCUGCGAACUAAAAUGUCGGAAACUUCUGUUAAAAGCGACAGCUCGAUCCGACCCUCCGUUUGUGACCUCGACCUUUGCGGCUCUCGACAAAGUAGCUAA